GACACUUCUUGUGCUUCCCAUUCAUUUGUAUUUUCCGCUUAUCUCUCUCUUGUACAUGCAUGUGUAAAUUAAGUAUCCAUCAAGUAGACACGAAGAUACAAACUAUAUAGUUAAGUGUGCUACUAAUUCAAAUAUAGAAUUUACCCAACCACAUCUCCUUCCUUCUGUUUUUCCUUUUAUAUGGUACAGACAACAACUUCCUGGGCUUCCCAUUCAUUUGUAUUUUCUGCUUAUGUCUCUCUCUCUUGUCCAUGCAUGUGUAUGGUAUCCAUCAAGUAGACAUGAGGAUACAAACGAUGUAGUUAGACAUGAAGAUACAAACGAUACGGUUAAGUGUGCUACUAAAUCAACUAUGGAAUAGUGGCAAAGAAUGUGCUAAGGAUCCUAUUGACUUAAGUCAACAAGUGCUCAAGGAAAUAAAGGAGUGCUGAGGAAAAUGGUUGUAUGUUGUCUUAAGCUAUGUUUAGUUCGGGAAAGCUUGUGGGAAAAAGAGGUGCAGAUAAUCGAAAUGUUCACCAGGUGCAGCACCAGGUCAAUUUUCAUAGCAAUUUAGAGAAAAGAUAAAUGUCUAUCCGGCUUCUUUCAAGGUAAGAAGUAAAGACAAUCCCGUUGCUUCUAUUUUAUGACGUGCUUCUGAUCAUUCAUUCAUAUUUUCCACUUCUGUCCUAAUUUCUUGUCCAUGCAUCCAUAUAUUUAGUUAUCCAUGCAGAGACAGUUCAUAGAAGUGGAGAAGGGAAUCUGUUGAUUAAAUGCAAUAUUAAAUCAAAAGAAGACAAUGGCGAAUAACGAGCUAAGGAUCCCUCUGAUUCGAACUCCUGGCUCAUCAAGUUUCAUGAAAGCUAGUUUUAAUGGCACAAAUGCAUUCCUGGGAAUUGGUUUUCUAACAAUCCCUUAUGCCCUCUCAAGUGGAGGUUGGUUGAGUUUGGUGCUCUUCUUCUCAAUUGCAGCUAUGACCUUUUACACCGGGCUUUUACUAGUGCGUUGUAUGGAAGUUGAUCCAUCUAUUUUAAGUUAUUAUGAUAUUGCAGAGCGUGCAUUUGGUAUGAAAGGAAGAAUGAUAGUCAUGUUUAUGAUGAAUGCAGAGAUGUACCUUAUUGCAACAGGGUUUUUGAUAUUAGAAGGUGACAACUUACAAAAGCUUUUUCCAGAGUUCAUGAUCAAACUUGGGGAAUUGACACUAGAUGGAAAACAGUCAUUCGUUAUAAUCACAGGACUACUAUUUUCAGCAUUAAUGUUGUUAACUGACUUGAGUAUGCUCUCCUAUAUCUCGGCCACUGGAGUAUUCUCUUGCCUUGUCAUUGUCGUCUCCAUCUUUUGUGUUGGUGCAUUCGACGGUGUUGGUUUUCAUGCAAAAGGAAGUGUUCUGUUAAAUCUCGAUACUCUUCCUACAGCAGUUGGCUUAUAUAUUGUUUCAUUUGGUGGACACCCAGUCAUCCCUUCAAUAUACAUGUCUAUGCGAGAUUCCUGCCAGUUCAGUAAGGUCUUGGUGUUUAGUUUUAUUCUGGCAACUCUCAACUACAUGACAAUAGCGAUAUUGGGCUAUCUUAUGUAUGGAGAUGGUAUUGAAUCAGAAAUUACUUUGAAUCUACCAACCAAAGUUAGUGGAAGAGUUGCAAUAUAUACAACUUUACUUAUUCCAGUUACUAGAUAUUCCUUGUUGGUAGCCCCAAUUGCAACUGCCAUUGAAGGUGGACUAUCAGAAAAGUACAAGAAUCAGAAACCGGUGAGAUUGCUCAUAAGAGUAGCAUUGCUGAUCAGUACUGUUAUUGUGGCCUGUGUCUUCCCAUAUUACGAGUCCUUGAUGGCCAUUGUUGGGUCAGUUUUUGUUGUUUCGGCUUCUUUUCUGCUCCCAUGCUUGUGCUACUUGAAGAUUUCUGAUCUCAAUUGGAAUUGGAACUGUGAGCAGAUGGGCAUUGUUGGGAUAAUUGUAUUUGGAAUUUUGGCUGGGGUUUUGGGGACUUAUUCAUCUAUUUUUGAACUUCUAACAUAAUGCUUGAGAGGGAGAGAGUACAGCUUUUGUCUUGAG